AUGGUAGGGCCCUCACACCGUGCCAGCAUGGCGCCGCCAUCGUUCCAAGCGGCGUCGCGGUCGCGCAUGUCGAUGGCGCCUUCGGGAGGAGGUGUUUCAGGCUCAGCAUCUGCACGCAUUGCAGCCAAGCAGACAGAGUUGCAGGCCUUGCAGCAACUGCGUGCUGAAUCCGCACACCUUAUGCAAGAACUACACCAUCUCAGUGAGCGUGUAGAUACAUUGGCCAGUGGUGGCCAAGCGAUUGCCUCUGUCAUGGCGAGUUGGCAAGGUGUGUUUCGCGCGAUCCAAAUUGCGCAAGCCGCGAUGGCCGCCAGCCACGAACCAUCGACGUCCACCGCCGAGGCCGAGGCACAGCCGCCUGAUUCAGCCUUGUCAGCGAUGGGUACGAGACAAGUGCCGGAUACGUUGGUGCGUAUUCCGAUCCAAGCGCCUACGUCUACGUCGGCGGCGGAUGCCUAA